AUGGAAAGAGGACAACGAUCGGCUCUUCGCGUUGUCACGGAUUACGAUUAUAACGGAUUCCGUCGACACCUAGAUUCAAAAGGUCUUCCCGCCAACAAGGUAAUCGGCAGUGCCUUGCAAGAAAGCGGCAUCUUCCCUCUCGAAGAGCAUCCCACACUGAGACUUCCUUACUGGCGACUGAAACAAAUCGGUGCUGGCCCUAUAGCCGGUCCCCAACAAGCCGUGGCAGAAGGUGUUUCGAGUGGUAACACCACGUACCAUACUGCAAAGACAAGCCAAGAGCAUAGCCUUUCUGGUCUUCUCGAUGCGACUGUCGCAGCCGCUUCCACUCCUAAGGUUGUCCCCUGGUUGGCCCAGGUUGACGCCAACAAACACAGCGUCGAGCUCUCCAAUGGCGAAAAAGGCCUUCCCAGCGAAACAGAUUCCUCGCCCAGAGAGAAAUUGGACAAAGGCAAGCGGGUCGAAACACCAUGCAGUCUUCCAGGGCAAACACCCCAGCCGGAAGCCGGGGAAGACCAAGGGGAUAGCGACGACCCCGAUUCCCAAGCCGCAACAGCCGCCGAGUCCGAAGUCUCGACACAAGCCGACAUCGUGUUGAAACGCAUCGGCAUUGACUAUGGUCAAUUUGACGCGAAGAUCUGGAAAUCUGCGUCUCUCACGCGCCCUUCGGAAAACCUGUCGGCAUACAUGAUCGGUGAUGACGUGGGCUUCGGCAAGACAGGGAUGGCGAUAUCCAUUCUCAUCAUCAUCUACAUGAUACAUGUAAGAUUUGACGAUGUCAUCAAGGAGUAG